UGGCGGAUAUAAAGAGAAAAAAAUAUAUAUACAAAUUUAGUACGCGAGAGAGAGAUUACCCUCCUUGUCAUCUCCAUGCAAUUAUUAUUAUUGUGAAUUUUGUGUCAAAAACAGUGAAAAAUGGCGACCGGAGUCUUACGUACUGUUUUAAGAAAAUCCGGUGCCUUUACGGAAAAAAAGGGUCUUCUUCAAACUGCAGGAGCAUUAAAUAUCAUAAGCAAAAGACAUGCUGAACAAUGGACACCAGAUGCAGAAUAUGUAAAUCAAUUUCAGGGUCCACUUAUUUAUCCAAAUGAUGGUAUUAAAUGGAAAUGUCCACCAGCAAGAGGUACAAAACCAGUACCUGAACAAAAUAUUAAAAAUACAAGAAUUAAUUUUGGACCACAACAUCCAGCUGCUCAUGGUGUAUUACGUCUUAUACUUGAGCUUGAAGGUGAAUAUGUUAAAAUGGCUGAUCCACAUAUUGGAUUACUUCAUCGUGGUACUGAAAAACUUAUUGAAUAUAAAACAUAUAUGCAAGCACUUCCAUAUUUUGAUCGACUUGAUUAUGUAUCAAUGAUGUGCAAUGAACAGUGUUAUUCAUUAGCCAUUGAAAAACUUUUAAAUAUUGAAAUUCCAUUACGUGCAAAAUACAUAAGAACUUUGUUUGCUGAAUUGACACGUAUAUUAAAUCACAUAAUGGGUAUUGGUACUCAUGCUUUGGAUAUUGGUGCUUUAACACCAUUCUUUUGGUUGUUUGAAGAACGUGAAAAACUUAUGGAAUUUUAUGAACGUGUUUCUGGUGCACGUAUGCAUGCAGCAUAUGUACGUCCAGGUGGUGUAUCACAAGAUAUGCCACUUGGUUUAAUGGAUGACAUUUAUCAAUGGGCUAGACAGUAUUCAGCUCAAAUUGAUCAAGUUGAAGAUUUAUUAACAAGAAAUUCAAUUUGGAAAAGUAGAACAGUUGAUAUUGGUGUUGUUACACAUCAACAAGCACUUGAUUGGGGUUUUAGUGGUGUUAUGUUACGUGGAUCUGGAUAUAAAUGGGAUAUCAGAAAGGUAGCACCAUAUGAUGCUUAUCAUCUUGUUGAUUUUGAUGUACCAAUUGGUAUUGCUGGUGAUUGUUAUGACAGGUAUUUAUGUCGUGUUGAAGAAAUGAGACAAUCAUUGAGAAUCAUUGAACAAUGUUUAAAUCAAAUGCCAGCUGGUGAAGUUAAAGUUGAUGAUAAUAAAAUUGUACCACCAAGUCGUGAAGAAAUGAAAACAAGUAUGGAAGCAUUGAUUCAUCAUUUUAAAUUAUUCAGUCAAGGUUUUCAAGUACCACCUGGUGCAACUUAUACUGCUAUUGAAGCACCAAAAGGUGAAUUUGGUGUAUAUCUUGUUAGUGAUGGUAGCAGUAAACCAUAUAGAUGCAAAAUUAAAGCUCCAGGUUUUGCACAUUUAGCUGCAUUACAAGAAAUUGGACCAAAACAUUUUCUUGCUGAUAUUGUUGCUAUUAUUGGUACCAUGGACGUUGUCUUUGGUGAAAUUGAUCGAUAAAUGUGUGAUUUUUUAGCGACGAAGUAAAUUAUAGAAAAUAGAUAAAACAAAAACGAAAAAAAAAAUAAAUACAAAAAGCGACAAAAUAUAUAUAGCUAAAAGUGUAAUUUCAUUUGUGUAAAUUCUUUUUAUCAAAUAAAUAAAUAUGCUUCACGAAAUUCCACAAUGCAGUGAUGUAUAUUCACAAAUAAAAGUAAAAAUGGUUAUCAUUAA